CUGCACUCCGUCAAUGGAGCUUGUCUUGUAAAUUUGGGCGGAGCAGAGAAUUACACGAAGCUUGGUGCCUGCGCAGUGCACAUUUCUGCCAGUUCCCCACGUGUUUUUGAGAAGGGAUAUUGGAGACCAUGCCCAAGAUCAAGGCGUCCCGCAAGGCCGGAGGGCAGCCAAAGCAUACCCCGCUGGCAGACCAGAUCCUGGCAGGUGACUCCGUACAGCUUGGAGACCGAGAGAAACGGAGGGUCCAAGGCCGCCGGGCGGAGGAAGAAGAGUACGUGGGGCCCCGCCUGACCCGGCGGAUCCUGCAGCAGGCGCGAGAGCAGCAAGAAGAGCUAGAAGCCGAACAUGGGUCGGGUGACCGGACAGAGCCCCGAAAGCUCACCACGAAACUGGGCUCUGAAGCCCAGGGUGGUGAAUCAGAUGAAGAAGACCAGGAUGAGGAAUGGCCAACCUUGGAGAAGGCAGCAGCAAUGGUGGGAUCUGGAUAUGAUUCAGAGGUAGCUGUCAAUCCCGAAGAUGAGCAAGCCAUCGAGAUGUUCAUGAACAAGAACCCCCCACUCAGGCGCACACUGGCAGACAUCAUCAUGGAGAAAUUGACAGAGAAGAAGACUGAGGUGGAAACUGUUAUGUCUGAGGUGUCAGGUUGUCCUAUGCCCCAGUUGGACUCCCGGGUUCUAGAAGUCUACAAAGGUGUCAGAGAGGUGUUAUCCAAGUACCGUAGUGGCAAACUUCCCAAGGCAUUUAAAAUUAUUCCCGCUCUCUCCAACUGGGAGCAGAUCCUCUACAUCACAGAACCUGAGAGCUGGACUGCAGCUGCCAUGUACCAGGCCACCAGGAUAUUCUCAUCUAAUCUCAAGGAGAGAAUGGCCCAGCGCUUCUACAACUUGGUGCUCCUCCCCCGUGUGCGGGAUGACAUUGCUGAGUACAAACGCCUUAACUUUCACCUCUACAUGGCUCUCAAGAAAGCAUUGUUCAAGCCUGGGGCAUGGUUCAAAGGGAUCCUGAUCCCCCUGUGUGAAUCUGGUACCUGCACCCUUCGGGAGGCCAUCAUCGUGGGCAGCAUCAUCACCAAGUGCUCUAUCCCAGUGCUGCACUCAAGUGCCGCCAUGCUGAAAAUUGCUGAGAUGGAAUACAGUGGAGCCAAUAGCAUCUUCCUUAGGCUACUACUGGACAAGAAGUAUGCAUUGCCCUUCCGGGUGCUGGAUGCCUUGGUCUUCCACUUCCUAGCCUUCCGGACUGAGCAGCGAAAGCUGCCCGUUCUUUGGCACCAGAGCCUGCUGACCCUAGCUCAGCGCUAUAAAGCUGAUCUGGCCACAGAACAGAAGGAGGCCUUGCUAGAACUUCUUCGCCUGCAGCCCCACCCACAAUUAUCCACCGAAAUCCGGAGGGAGCUGCUUAGUGCUACUGCCCGUGAUGUUGAAGGGCCCUCUGUGAAUAUGGACUGAAGUUCCUCAGGAAGACUGUUCCCUUCCCCUCUUUGGUAGGGAUAGAGAUGGAUGACACAUGAAGUGUUCUGUGAUUUUUUUCAUGGCUCCUAGGACUACAAGACUUGGGGGCACCUAAAGGACAAAACUGAGGAAGUGCUGUGGGGAGAAGGGAGGCUGACACAGGAAGUGCCAUGAUAUCUCUGGUUAGACUUGAAUUGUAGUGGAUUAAGUGCCUGACAGAGCUUCUCUAGGCCCUGUUCUGUUCUAGAACCUGGCAAGUAAGUAUGGUCACAUUCUGACUUGCUCUGUGGCAUGGUUGGGGCUACAUUAUCCUUCUCUUUCUUCC